AGCAUACAUACCCAAUCAACAACACUUGUGUUACUGGUAGUGUGUGACACCCGUCAGGUCGUCCGUUUUGACCCAAAAGACUAGCUGACCCUAGCCUAUUUUCGUAUGCCCACCUCGCCCCUAUCUCCGGCACAUUAGCCGGUUUGCGUGCCUGAAAACAUACGCCUUCCACGUGGUGUGGGUUCCUUGUUUUUCGUCCUCUUCCUGACCUACUAAGACAAACCGGUGGCUUGUGUCUUGAGCUGGAGCAAGUCUUGCCUGGACGGUUCGUGUGUGGCACAUAAUCGAUGCUAACGAUACCACGGUGUGUGUGUGUGUGUAGGGUGAAGGAACCCUACUACCCCAGGCUCAGAGGUCCAAGCGUCAAGGUUACAAAGUCCGCGUAGCAUAUUCGCGCUUCCAUCACCACCUACACCUACAGGACAGGAUUACAAACUCCACAUACUUUACGACCACGAGCUUUUGCCGCUGGUCACUCGCUAUCGACGGGCAUAAUAAAAUCAAACACAAAAAAGUACCCACACACACACACUCACACACAAACUGACCUCCAUUAGCAGUGCGGACCGUCACUCACAAUUACGAUCGGGGGCCGACCGGACCGGUCGGAAAGACUGACGGGACACCCGAGCGCUGGUUCGGAUUCGAUAAGUAGUUGAGUUUCGCACGCAGUCCGAGUACAAACGCGCGGACCACCGUUGGUGGGUUUUUGCUGCAUUCGGGGCACAGUGUUUUGUGGAAGUGAAAGUGAACACACACGGCGUGUACGUGACCAUUGUGCGUAAAAAAUAUUGGUUUAACAACCAGAAUCCGGUCUCAAAAUAGCGGACAACGGUGAAACAUCUUCAACCCGUACGAUCAACCGGCAGGAGCAAAGGUGGCGCACCAUGAAGCAUACGAAACGCUACCUGGUCGGUAUAUCGGCCCUGCUCGUACUGGUCGUUGGCGGUGGUGUAGCACUCGGCAGGGCACUGAACAAAGAUGACGACCUGAUGGAGGAUACGACACCGAAGUCGAUGGAUGUGAUACUGACCGAGAUACGGAGUCUGAUGCAGGACUACUCGAUCGAGGCAUAUAUCAUACCAUCGGUCGAUGCACACAAUAGUGAGUACAUCUCGCUGCAUGACCGCCGGUAUCAGUACGUGACCAACUUUACCGGCUCGGCCGGUACCGCUAUUAUAACGCUUAGCAAGGCCGCCUUCUGGACCGAUUCACGCUACCAUCUUCAGGCGGAGAACGAAAUCGACCCGACGUACUGGACGCUGAUGAAGGAAGGCCUAACCGGUGUACCGACACGUGACGAGUGGCUGCUGAGCAAUCUGUCGCCCGGUGCCCAGGUUGGGACCGAUCCGUUCCUGAUCGCAUCGACCGAAUACGAACGGUUGGGUGCGGUACUUGCCCAGCACGGCUAUCGGUUGAUCACGCUCGAGCGCAAUCUGGUCGAUAUUGUGUGGAACAACCGACCACCACAAACGUCAGAAGAUUUGCGCCCGCUUGCCCUCACCUACACCGGACAGCGUGCAUCCGAGAAGGUGCAGGCACUGCGCGUCAUCCUGCAGGAGAACAGUGCGAACGCGAUCGUUGUCAGUGCGCUGGAUGAGAUCGCAUGGUUGUUAAAUCUGCGUGGAUCGGACAUACGUUACAAUCCCGUAUUUUUUGCGUACGCGAUCGUAUCUCACGGCAAUCUGCAUCUGUUCACCAAUCCGGAUCGCAUAAAUGACACGAUACGGGCCCACUUUCAGGCGGAAGGCAUCGUGGUGGAUGUGCGAGAUUAUCGUGACAUUUUGGCAGGGAUCGAAGAGUAUGUGCGGGGCGGUAACAGGCUGAUAGUGUCCACUGCCUGCAGCCAGGCACUGUAUGCGGCCAUCCCGAGCGAUCAGCGCAUACAGCUGUACAGUGUGCUGGCGAAGCUGAAGGCGGUAAAGAAUGAAGUUGAAGCGAUCGGUAUGCGGCGGGCACACGUACGGGAUGGUGCGGCGGUAGUACGCUAUCUCAAUUGGCUGGAACAAACGGUGGACGGUGGUAACGUGACGGAGCUUUCCGGUGCGGCGAAACUGCGCGAGUUUCGCAGCGAGCAGGACAUGUUUGUCGAUCUUAGCUUUACCGCGAUCAGUGCGUUCGGACCGAACGGUGCAAUAGUGCAUUACAGCCCGAACGAGGAGACGGAUCUGCCGAUCACGCGGGACGGUAUCUAUCUGAUCGAUUCCGGCGGUCAGUAUCUUGACGGCACGACGGACGUAACGCGUUCGGUACAUCUUGGCGAACCGAGCGACUUCCAGCGCGAAUGUUUCACCCGCGUGCUGAAGGGUUUCCUCAGCCUCGGGUCGGCCGUCUUCCCGGUGCGUGCAUCCGGUACCGUGUUCGAUGUGCUCGCCCGCAAAGCACUGUGGGAUGUCGGGCUUGACUAUGGUCACGGUACCGGCCACGGUAUUGGUUCGUUUCUUGGCGUGCACGAGUAUCCACCGUCGUUCGUCUCGAACAGUGCGUCACCGAGCAAUCAGGGCGUGGUGGAAAACAUGUUCUCGUCCAACGAGCCUGGGUACUACCAGCCCGGCCAGUUCGGUGUACGCAUCGAGGACAUUGUGCAGGUGGUGAAAGCAACCGUACCGUACGAUUUUAACGGUCGCGGUGCGCUUACCUUCUACACGAACACGCUCGUACCGAUCCAACAGCGGCUGAUCGAUCUGACGCUACUGUCUGCGACCGAAAUCGCACAGCUCAAUGCGUAUCAUCAGCGGGUAAUGGACGAGGUCGGACCGCUGCUGUUACAGCAGGACGACCCAGAUGCCUUCCAGUGGCUUACCGAAGCCACCAAAGAAAUAGUCGCCAGCUAAGGGCGAAUUCCUUUUAGCAACCGUGCUGGGACGCCUUGUGUUCGUAUCUAACAGUUUCGUGCGUCAAUAAUAGAGAUGGAUAAUUUGAGUAAAGCUCAGUUAACUCUGAGUGAGUGACUCACAUAAAUGAAUCUAUGACUGACUCUUUGAAUACUUAUUCUUAAGUACGAAAUUGUUGACCGGGCGCGGGUGGGGAGACCAUCCUAUCUAAAUUCGUCAUCACCAUAAUAAGAUUGCACAUCACCUGAAAGAAACGUUGGAUAUAAAUAUUGAAUAAUGAAUUAAAUUACUCUUUCAAGAGUGAUAUGAAUCGUUUAUGAGUGAGUCAAAGGUUGCAGCAAAGAGUCAUUUUGAGAAUCAAAUAACACUUUUGAGAUUCAAAUGACUGUAUCAUAAGUGAAAUUUCGCAUUUUUUAAAUAAUAUUCAUUAUUGAAAUUUCUUUGAGUGAGUUAUAUUGCAAAGAAAUUAUAAAAACUCUUUGUAGAAAUUUGAAUUAACUCACUCAUAAGAAAGAUUUACUUCACCCAUUCAUUCACACAUCACUAGUCAAUAUGAAUAAAAAAAACAACAUCCUCUUACUACUUCUUGUAUAAGACUGCGUUUGUUUCAAGUCUCGGCCAAUUGGACUUAAGUUGUAUUC